AUGAUAAGGAAUAUACCACGAAUACCAUGGAGGAUCUCACCGUCCAUUCUAAUACGUCCGGUGUAUUCUGGUACUCUAUUGGGGCCUUCCAUUGUUUUCAAUCGACAUAAAAUAUGGACUAAUCCUCUUAGUAGGUUCAACACAAAAUCACAAAAUUCGCCUGAAAUCAUACAAGAAGAAACAAAUCAAGAACGUGUAGAGGUGGUGCAAUUGCUAGAAGAGUUACGACAUUACUCCAAGACUCGUGAGGUACCUGGGAAACUUCGACAGGGUAUUUUAUCUUCCAAGCUUUCUCAGCUUCUUACCCUAGCUUCGUCCUUCACGACAGAAGGCGUUUCCAAAACCGCAGAUCAAGCGUUUAUGCAACUAUUCUACCUUAACAACCGAAACGUAUCCAACAUGUUAACCAGUGAGGAUCUUUCUAAAUUUUACGUUCGAAUGAGCAAGGUUGAAGGCACUCAGUUUGAAUCAAUGGCCAAGAUCGCCGAGUAUUAUGUAUCAGAACAAUCGGAAACAAUACCAGAGGAGAUACUUCUUCAAAUUAUAUCCAUGGCCUUGAACUUAGCCGGUGGUAAUUUACAGUCUACUUUGACCUAUCUUAUGACGAAAAAGAAGAAGGUAUUCAAUUCCAGAUUCACAGAAAGCCUUUUGAACUUGGAACUAGAGAAAGGGAGAUUGACCAUACUGACCUUUGAGGCUAUAAUUAAAGCAUCAGAGAAUCUGGGCACAUUCACACUUCUCAAUGACUCGUUUUAUUUGCUGUACAUGAAUUAUAUCGAUUCUUUGUUCGAUAAAAAUCCACCCAAACCAUACGAAUACCAAAAUAUCGAAAGAGACAUUGAUCGCACUCAAAUUUUCUUGCACGAACAGCUUCUUGAAUCCUUGCACGUUGCUCAAAUCUCACCAGCAACCACUAUCAAGUUACUUCAGCAUGCAUGGAACCUUCAAUCUAUAAAUCCUCGUAAAGACUUUGAUAAGGUUUUGGUAUCUGUUAAAGAGCUUUUGAGUGAGGAGGGAAAUGUUACAGACAAGAUUAAAGAUGCGGUCUUUAAGGAAGGUCUCGAAGAAGAGUCUCUUGCUCAAGGUCUUCUCGAUUUGCUUUGGUAUGGAAGAGGUACAUAUGGAAGCAGUGGAACCGACUUGUGCAAAUUUAUCAUUAACGAUGAUAUCAAGUUUUCGAUCCAAUUAAGGCUGAUAGCAAAGCUCCAAUUACUCUUCGACAACAACGAAUUGAAUGAAACCAUUAUCCAAGAUAUUGACCAGAUUUUACGGGAUCAGUCCUUGCAGCCAGAAGAUCUCAUCAAGUUAUACGAAAAGAUUGUCUUCUUGUACACUACAUGCGAAUCCAGCACCGAUUCGUUUGCUCAAAAAAUCAACCAAUACUUCAGAGAAGAGCACGCCAUUGAGCCGAGCGUACUUAUUUACAAGUUUCGUCUAGACAAGGAAAUUCGCCCAGGAAAUCACGAAAUGGCCAUGAAAAUUUUUGACGAAAGCAUUAAAAAUUUCACACAAUGGGAGACUGAAUCUGAUGCCAGAGCUUUAUCAACUUUGAAUCAAUUGAUAGUAUUAUUGUGCACCAAUCUUUCAGGCGUUGAUGAAAUCUUUCCAUUAUUUCGCAGGAUCAAGCAACAAAUGGUAAGUCAUUCGAUAAACGUGUAUGCGGUUAAGGCCCUAGCAGAAAAGAUGCUUGAUGCUGAAUACGUUGGAGACCUUAUCGAGAUGUUGAAACAAGAGCUUCCUUCCAUAAAGAGAGACGAUCUCAUCAAGCUUCCCACAUCAGGUCCGGCAUUUGUGAAAUACAGAGAGCUUUUUGACCUACUCCACAAUUUCGUUAUAACUUACAAUAGCGAGGAGACACAUGAGACUAACUGGGUUCUCUAUGGGGAACUCCAUAAGUAUUUCUCUGUUCCUUACGAUUCCUACCUCCCGGCUAUGAAAUUUUUCUGUGAGCAUGACAGAUCAAAUGCUUCGUUAAUUAUUUUCAGACAGCUAAAGAAGUUGAGUGAGCUCCAUGGAUCAAUGCGUCACUUGCCACCUCUGAGAGAUAUGUACCUCUAUCUUUUCAAAGAUUUCGGUAAUAAGUUGUACGAAGAAGGAGUUCAUGAAAUUCACGAGUAUCUCAAAAUCGACCAGGACAUCCCUAAACAGGACAUAGAGCUUCAAAAUUGCAUCCUUAAUGCCUAUUCCAACCUCCAGGAUGUCCCCAAAGCAAGGGAUUUGUUCAUCUCCAUGUCGUCCGUGCCUAAGCAAGUUGGAGGUAUCAAUGAAGAGACGGUGCAAAUCAUGUUGAAGACAUUCACGUAUAGUGAUAUGAUGUAUGUUCAGAAAUUCUGGAACGACUUAUCACUCUAUGGAGUUUUACCAAACUAUGCAAUCUUCAAGCAGUAUAUCAUAGCCCAUGUUUACCAUGGACUAGUAGAUGAGGCUUUCGAAGUACUAAAAGAGAUGGAAGACUACGAUAUCGAAUUUUCCUCUGAUCUCUUAUUGGCUAUGCACAAUUAUUGCUUGGAGGUCCCGGCGCAGGAAAAAGUGAAGUCAUGGGCUCAAAAGAACUUUCCUGAUAAGUUGGAAUCUUUAGCUGAAAAAGGACUUUUGAAACCGGCUACCAAUUACGUCCCAAACGAGAAUUUGAUCGCCGAGAGUAACACGAAUUGA